CUGACGCGCCGCGCCUCCCGCACAUUGCAUUACGGUCUGCGCCUACCGAUAUUGCCCCUUGUGCUCGCUAUACCCAACCGACACCCUCAUCCGCGACUCGAGACGCAACACAACCAGGCCGAGACAUCCAAUCUGUAUAGUAACGGUCACCAUACCUCACAGCCCAUCCUCGAGCCUUCCCCGCGAGGAUGGCUGCCAACAAGGCCGCCCGCAUUGGUGAGGAGAUAUGGAAGACCCGAAUCGACAAGGUCAACGCCGAGCUCGUCACUUUGACCUACGGGACGAUCGUGGCGCAGCUGUGCAAGGACUUCGAUAGUGACUAUAUUGCGGUCAACAAGCAACUUGACAAGAUGGGCUACAACAUUGGACUGCGGCUCAUUGAGGACUACCUGGCAAAGUCGAACACAAUGAAGCGGUGUCUGAACUUCCGCGACACGGCCGAGAUGAUCGCAAAGGUCGGCUUCAAGAUAUUCCUCAACACCACGCCAACGAUCACCAACUGGACGAGCGAUAGCAAACAAUUCUCUCUGGUCUUUGACGAGAACCCCCUUGCGGACUUUGUCGAGCUGCCGGACGACGGAAGGGCACAGGACGAGCUAUGGUAUUCCAACAUCCUCUGCGGUGUUCUGAGGGGCGCUCUUGAGAUGGUCCAGAUGCAAGUCGAGGCCCACUUCAUCAGCGACGUUCUACGGGGCAACGAUACCACCGAGAUGCGCAUAACAUUGGUGCGAUACAUCGACGAUGAGCUUCCGCCAGAGGAUGACUGAGGCCCCAGGGCAUGGAUCCGUCGGGACACAUAUGGGCAUUAGCAUAGUGAUGGCGUGGAUGGGGUUUUCUCACGCCUAGCUGGUUGGCUCGUGGUUGUAAAAUUCUGACAGCCGCGCAUUUCCUAUACAAUCAGGCAAUUUUCGGUCGUUGGUCAAUAAAGUACGAAGAAAGGAAUAAUAAAAAUAAGCACACAAACUCAUGAUCAUAUAAGUCCAUCAAGUUAUGCCAUGAGUUAUUACCUCG